GAGGACUUCGCCAUGAACAGCUUCCUCCUUAUCGCUGUGUAUGGAGCGACUCUUGCUAUCGCUUUAGCAUUUACUUUUACUGAAUACGGAAACGAAAAGAACACGAAAGUCUCUAAAAAGUCUAUGGAUGGCUUUGAACCGGAAUUUGAUGAUGCUUUAAGUGACAUAAAUUGGAAUGCUGAGGAUUAUGGCUUCUAUAAAAACGAACCAGAAGCUGACAUCGAUGAUGAAAAAGACGAUAACGAAGGCGAGGAAGGAUCACCGGACCCCAAAUCGCGUAAAGGGCGCCCCCGCGGGUCUCUCAUCCGUCCAAAAGUAGGACGAGCCCUAUUGCGGCGCCGCCGCCAUUCAGGAGUGCGCCGUCGGCGUAGAAAUGGCUAAAGUAUGUCAAACAGUUGAUAUCCAUGAGAUUUAUGGGGACCGUCCGAACUCGAAGACUAAAAGAAAAAUUUCAUUUUGAAUCCUUCUCUGUAGUAAUGGAUUGCCAUGACAAAGAAAUACUAUUUAAACCCUAGCUAAGCUUAGAAAUAGUUUUGUUUUCAUUAUACUAGACCAUUUCCUUUCAAAGUAAUGUAAAC